UCUCUCUCUCUCUCUCUCUCUCUCUCUCUCUCUCUCUCUCUCUCUCUCUCCUGUCUUCUUUCUUCCCUUCAGCGUCACCUGUAAGCAUCAGCACAAAUCCACCAUUGUUCUUUUGAGUCAAUAUCUCUUACCUUUCUCCAUCUUUCGAUUUACAUCUCCCUGAAGCUGGUGAGUAACAUCUUGUUAUUCGUUAUUCGUUAUUCGAGUGAAUCGAAUAAUCCUCCUCCCCCUUGCGUUACGGUUAUUAAAUGGGUAAGCGUUUUGGAGAUCGUAGAUCAGAUUCAUUACAUUCGUCGUAGAUCUGAAUAUAUAUGAUCAUCAACGACCUCCAAUUUUGAUUACUAAUCAUGUCGAGUCACCAUGGGGUGGAGCACGUUGGUUUACCCACGCAAAUGAAAUCGAAACAGGGCUCCUUCAAGAAACCCCCCGGACCCGUUUCCAUGGAUCACGUUCUUCUAGCACUCCGCGAGACGAGGGAGGAGCGCGAUUUGCGAAUCCGCAGCCUAUUCAGUUUCUUCGAUUCCGAGAAUGCUGGCUACUUGGAUUGCGCUCAGAUCGAGAAAGGGCUGGUCGCGCUUCAAAUCCCUAGCGGCUACAAGUACGCCAAGGAGCUGUUUAGGGUUUGUGAUGCCAAUCGAGACGGGCGUGUGGAUUACCACGAGUUUCGUAGGUACAUGGAUGAUAAGGAACUCGAGCUGUAUAGAAUUUUUCAAGCUAUUGAUGUUGAGCACAAUGGUUGCAUCUCUCCCGAGGGUCUCUGGGAUUCACUCGUUAAGGCCGGAAUUGAGAUAAAUGACGAGGAGCUCGCGCGCUUUGUGGAGCACGUUGACAAGGACAACGAUGGAAUCAUACUGUUUGAGGAAUGGAGAGAUUUUCUUUUGUUGUAUCCUCACGAAGCCACCAUCGAAAAUAUUUACCAUCACUGGGAAAGAGUGUGUCUUGUAGACAUUGGUGAACAAGCCGUUAUCCCCGAAGGAAUGAGCAAACACGUAAAGAGAAGCAACUACUUCAUUGCAGGUGGCAUAGCCGGUGCGGCUUCGAGGACUGCAACUGCACCUCUAGAUCGCUUAAAAGUUCUUUUGCAAAUUCAGAAAACAGAUGCUAAAAUCGGAGAAGCGGUAAAGACGAUAUGGAAUCAGGGCGGGGUUCGGGGUUUUUUUCGUGGUAACGGUUUGAAUAUAGUGAAGGUAGCCCCAGAGAGUGCCAUCAAGUUCUAUGCGUAUGAACUUUUCAAGAACGCUAUUGGUGAAAACAUGGGUGAAGAUAAAGCGGAUAUAGGCACGACCGCUAGACUUUUUGCUGGAGGUAUGGCUGGUGCAGUGGCUCAAGCCUCUAUAUACCCUCUGGAUCUUGUGAAAACUAGGUUGCAGACUUGCACUAGCCAAGCAGGUGCCGCUUGUCCUCGGAUUGGAACGCUCACUAAAGACAUUUUGGUUCAUGAGGGUCCACGUGCCUUCUACAAAGGUCUUUUCCCUUCUCUUCUCGGGAUUAUUCCUUAUGCCGGUAUCGAUCUUGCUGCAUAUGAGAAAUUAAAGGAUUUGUCCAGGACCUAUAUUCUUCAAGAGGACGCCGAACCAGGUCCGCUCAUUCAACUAGGAUGUGGAACCAUCUCAGGAGCUCUUGGAGCAACCUGUGUUUAUCCUUUACAGGUUGUUAGAACAAGAAUGCAAGCGGAGCGAACAAGGACGUCGAUGUCUGGAGUAUUCAGGAGGACAAUAAGUGAAGAAGGGUACAAAGCACUCUACAAAGGGCUUCUACCGAAUCUUCUUAAGGUUGUUCCUGCUGCAAGCAUUACGUAUAUGGUCUACGAAGCGAUGAAAAAGAGUCUUGAACUUGAUUAAUGACUUCAUUUUGAUAUUGACGAAAGAGUGGAAAUAAUAAAAAAAAGGGAACCUAGUUAAAACUAGGUUGUUUUUAACAUACUUGAUUCUUCUAAUCAUCAUUUGUAAUGAUAUAAUAUACUUUAAUGUUGUUUCUUUGGACUUUUUUUUCUUA